AUGAAAGUAUUGGGGCAUAUUAGAGAAAUUAUUAAGAAUAAGUGAAUUUUGGAUUGAAUGCUGAACCAUGAAUUGAUGAUAGGUGUAAUUCUUUUUUAUAGAACUUUGGAUCCUGUUGAUAAUUUUCUAAACGAAAAUUGGAUUAUAUUUGCCAAAUCGAAAAAGAGCAAAACAAACUUUGCUCACUCACACAGGGAGGUUAAGUUUUGUUUUUAAAAUUUUAAAAAAACUCACAAAAUUGAAAACAGAAAUAAUUAAUUUCAUCCUAGAAUUUAUGAUUCAAAAUGUAAGCUUUUAAAAUUUAAUAAAAGUAGCUAGAGAUUUCAUGGGUACCCGCGGGUUAGCUGCAACAGGUAGUUAAUCCAACCCAGAAAUAGGGAUAGCUGACGUACCCCAAAAAAGCAAAGUAGGGUUAGCUGCCAAAAAUCAAUAAAUUUUUUUCUGUUAUCAAUCAAAAAUUAACGGUUGGCAGCUAACCCGAAUAGCGUCUUUCUAUUUAAAAACUGCAUUAGCUAGCCGGCCCAAAAAAUAGGGAUAGCUGCCAAAAUUUAAAAAAAAAUCGGGAUAGCUGCAAACAAAAAAAAAAAAAGUUGGGUUAGCUGACAAAUUAUUUUUUUAAAUUUUUUAGGUCGGGUUAGCUGCAAACCUAUAUAUAAACUAUAUUAUGCAAUGUCGAUUUAAAAAGGUUUUUAUAUAUGAAUAAUAAUUUAAAUAAAAUAAUGAAUAGGUGCGAAUCUAAUAGACCUACAGAAGAUAGGGCUUCUCAAAGGUAUGGAUAUCUAUCCAGAUGCUGAGAAUUAAAUUCAAUAGUAAAUAGCGAAACGACAGAGAAAUUCAUAGAUAUAGUGUACACCAGGUGUGCUCUUGAAGAUAAAACCAUAAUAUUGGUUGAAUCUGCCAGCAGGAGAGAUGUGGUAAUUCUUAGAUGCUAUUUUUCAAAACAGAGAGCCACAAGUGACUUUCCUUCGAUUGGUUUCGCUGAAUUGUGCCAGUUUAGAAUGCUCUGAAAAAUAGACAGGACGAACACAGAUGCUUUUUCAUACGUUCUUACAGAACUUAAUGAUUUUCAUUCUCAUCAAAAAUUCAGUGAGGAUCAAAUACAAUAUGAAACAAAAUUGCAAAGAAUACCUGCUCAUAUGCAAAAAAGAGCUAUAGAUUAUUUUAGCAACAAAUUUUUCAGCAAAUAGCAUUUAUAAUGUAUUAAGGCUUGAAUUUACAACUGAUAUGGUUCCUUUUUCAUUUGAUAAAUUAAAGAAUUUCUUGGAUUAUCAUCAUCAAAAAUCAAAAGAAUCAUUCUCAUUUGAAAGUAUUGUGGAAGCUAACAACGAUGAUGGAAAUACAAUUUAUUAAAAUAGACAACGAAAACGAAAGACUUUUUAUGACAACAAAAGAAAGAAUUUAUCUAUGAAAUAAUUUAAAAGAUGUUUUAUUAUAAUUUGGCAAAUUUGCUCUCAAUAACCAUGCAUUUAACAAGGAAAUUAGUUUUUGCUCAAUACUUUUGAUAUAUGGCCAAAUUAACUCUACUCUUAAUAUGUAUAUUGGAAGCAAAUAUUUCAUUAUCUAUACUAAUAGAUUCAACUUACAAAAUACAUAAGCAAUAUUAUUGUGCCAUCAUUUUAAUAACAAUUUGACAGCUUCGGACAGAAUUGCUUACUUGCUUUUGCAAUGGUUCAUAAUGAGCAAACAGCGGAUUAUAUAUGAUUUUUUAAUAAUUUAAGAGAAGUUGGAUUUGAAAAUCCAGAAACAGUAAUCGCAGAUAGAAAUAAGGCUCAAUUUAAUGCCAUUCAGCAGUUUUAUGGAAGAAGAAUGCACAUAGUUUUUUGUUGAUGACACAUUAAAGGAAAUAUUAUCAAUUCUCUUCCAAGGAAAAAUGAAGAGAUUGACUUUUAAAUAAAAGAAAAAAUUUUAUAAAGUCUAUGGCACAAAAAAAUGACGCAGAUUUUGAUUGUGAAUGGCAAUUAUUUAUGAUAGAUCAUCCUGAAAUCGAUGGAUGGAAGUGCAAUUUUUAAAGAGCUUUAUGACAAAAGAGAGCACUGAGCUAAGUUUGCCAUUAAUAAUUAUUUUACUGCUGGGACGAUAACAACAAGCAGAAUACUAAAAAUACAACUUUUACAAUUAAUACACAAUGCGAGCUCUAAGUCUGCUAUAUAGUGAAUACUGCUUAAAUCACUAUCAAAAUUUCGAUUUAUGGCAUUAAAGCAACCUAUAUAAAAGAAAAUAGAAAUGACGAGCAAAGAUGAAUUGUUUCAACAUGAUUUUCCAAUAAGAUAAUAGAGUAUCAUAUCAUAAAAAAUACACUCAAAUGUUCGUGCAAAAAAUACGAAAAUAUAAAAUACUAUGUUGCCAUCUAUUAUUUAUUGCUAAAACAACUGGCAGAGAUGUAAUAGAAUUUAUCAUACAACAUACAGCAAGAAGAUGACUAAUGACUGCACUGUCAGACGAGAAUAAUGAAGUUUUAUUGAAAAAAAUUAAGGGUAUUGAGUAUUAUCACAAACGAAAUAUGACUCCAGUUAGUAAUGAAAGAAGAAUAAGAUAACUUAAAAAAUCAUUAUUCUUAUAGUCUUUAUCAUUUACUUUAACUAAACUUAUUCAUAUUGCAUAAAUAAUGUGAAAAAUUUUAUAGGUUUUGGCAGCUAACCCGACCUAAAAAAUUUUAAAAAACAUAAUUUGUCAGCUAGCCAAACAAUUUUUUUCCUGGUUUGCAGCUAUCCCGAUUUUUUUUUUAAAUUUUGGCAGCUAUCCCUAUUUUUUGGCUGGGCUAGCUAAUGCAUUUUUUUAAAUAGAAAGACACUAUUCGGGUUAGCUGCCAACCGUUAUUUUUGAUUGAUAACAGAAAAAGUUUUAUUGAUUUUUGGCAGCUAACCCUACUUUGCUUUUUUUGGGGUACGUCAGCUAUCCCUAUUUCUGGAUUGGGUUAACUGCCUGUUGCAGCUAACACGCGACACCCAGAUUUCAUAUAAUAGAAAUCACUUAUAUAUUAAAAUAUAUUUAUAUUAAAAAAACUUUUACUCACUCACCGAGGGUGAUUUUAUCCAAAAAAUAGUUUUACUCGCUCAUAGAUAGCGAAAGUUAGUUAUAUUUUAUUAGAUAA